AUGGCAGCCACAGCCAAUGGUGCAGCUCCCGCUGCCAAUGGAACAAAUAGCAGCUCUGAUGACUUCAAGCUGAAGUUCUGCACAGUUUGUGCCAGUAACCAGAAUCGGUAUGUUGCGAGUUUUCUCAUGCCAGUCUGUGUCCUCUCUCAUCUAACCAACCCCAGGUCCAUGGAAGCUCAUCUACGACUGUCCCAAGCAAACUACCCCGUAAUUUCUUUCGGUACGGGAUCGCUUGUGCGUCUCCCCGGACCGACUAUUACCCAACCGAAUGUAUACCAGUUCAACAAGACGUCGUAUGACAGCAUGUACAAGGAACUCGACUCCAAAGACUCAAGGCUCUACAAGAAUAACGGAAUCCUGAACAUGCUUUCAAGAAACCGCGGGGUGAAGUGGGGACCAGAGCGUUGGCAGGAUUGGGCCAUUGGCGUUCCUCGUCUCAAGCACACGGCCGACCGGGGAAGCGAGGGCAGCGAGGGUGGCGUCGUUGAUAUAGUCUUCACCUGCGAGGAGCGUUGCUGGGACGCCGUUGUAGACGAUCUCAUGAAUCGUGGCUCGCCACUGAACCGACCCGUCCACGUCAUCAAUGUGGAAAUUAAGGAUAACCAUGAGGAGGCGCACAUUGGUGGCCAGGGUAUCUUAGACCUCGCUAACUCGCUCAAUGCCGCCGCCAAGGAGGAGCGCGAAGCCGUCGGAACGGGCGCUUUUGACAUGGGCAGCGCUGCGAGCCGUGCUGCGUUUGAUGAGCGUGUGCCGGAUAUUCUUGCCGCGUGGCAGGAGAGAUGGCCAAAUCUGCCAUGUACGUGGACACUGGCCUGGUUUUAG